CUUUGCAACCAAGGCUGUGCUAUAGACGUUUCCUGUACGCCAUCUUCAGAAGAUGCUUGCAGUAUCGCCAGUUUUAUUGAGACAAAGCUUGUAAUCUGCUACUUAAAGCUGGGGAAGCCUGACGAUGCUCUGAAUCAUUCAUACAGGAGCAUUUCUCUGAACCCAGUUUAUUUCCGGAAUCACCUGCGCCUAGCUGCUGUGUUUCGCUGCUUAGAGAGAUACUCUGAAGCUGCAAGGAGCAGCAUGAUCGCCCACCAUAUAUACUGGAUGGCAGGAGGCACCGAGCAGCGUACAAGCGAACUCAUCAAACUGUAUUGGCAGGCUAUGAUUGUAGAAGCCAUCACUACAGAAACAUCUUUUUCGGUUAUGUACACACCAUUUGUGACAGAAGUCACUGACGACAAAAUAUAUGAGAUAAAUUGUGCAUUUGCUAGAAAGCACCCUGAUUACAUGGAGUACAUCUAUACAGACACUCAAGGAAAUCAUAUCUUGCCAGAGACGACUAAUUGGCCUUCUCAGGCUCCCCAGAAGUACUUACUGACGCUGGGUUUCAAAGACAAAUUUAUUGGAAAAACCAUGGAAACCUGGUCAAGGAGAAAAAUGCCAAUCUUUGCAGACCGGGAGGAACCUUACAUGGUUGUCACAACAGAAGAAACAAAAAUGUAUUGGGAAAACACUGGGCAAAAGAUCCUGCCAGUAAUGGAUUUCAUAAGAAGCACUAGAUUAUCUGACGAUCGCUGUGUGUGUUCACGUGGGAUAGAGAAGUUGCAUUAUUCCAGCCUCCUCGGCCGGAUGCAGAGAGUUGAGGAACAGUCCCAAGUGAUUAAUCAAGCGAUGGCUGAGCUAGCAACUGUUCCCUACCUGCAGGACGUCAAUGAGAAAGAUGGUGAACAGCUGCAGUCACUAAUGGCAGUUACCCUGGACGCCCUUGCGGGAAGAAAUAUUGAAAACAGCCCUGUGUGGGAUGAAAUUGAAAAGGUAAAAACCUGCAAAGGGUGGGAGAGUAUAUUGUUCCUUGGGGAGUAA